GGCCAGUCCCGCCUUCCCAGCGCCGCGCCCGGUGUGUUCCAGGUGUUGGACUCGCAGUACGGGCUGUACGUAUGGCCCUGCGCCGUGGUGCUGGCCCAGUACCUCUGGGUCCACAGGAGGAGCCUGCGCGGCAAGCGAGUGCUGGAGAUCGGUGCGGGCGUGAGUCUCCCCGGCGUGGUGGCGGCCAAGUGCGGUGCCGAGGUGACCCUGUCCGACAGCGAGGAGCUGCCGCCCUGCCUGCAGCGCUGCCGGAGCAGCUGCCGGGCGAACCACCUGCCCCACGUCCCCGUCAUAGGGCUCACCUGGGGGCGGAUAUCGCCACAGCUGCUUGCUCUUGCUCCUGUAGACAUUAUUUUAGGAUCAGAUGUCUUUUUUGACCCAAAAGACUUUGAAGAUAUUUUAACUACAGUUUACUUCUUGCUGGAAAAGAAUCCACAUGCUCAAUUCUGGACUACUUACCAAGUCCGAAGUGCCGACUGGUCUAUUGAAGCUUUGCUCUGCAAAUGGAAGUUGAAGACUAUCCACAUUCCCCUGCAUUCGUUCAGUGCAGACCAAGAGCACCUGGCCAGCUCUUCUCUACCAGGAAGACAUACAAUUGAAAUGAUGAUCAUCUCACUAGCACAAUCAGAUGGAACUUAAGUUUAUUCCACUUGUUGGUUCCAAUAAAAGGUGAUACUUAAAACUGUUCACUGUAUCACAGAUCUGCAGAAAACAGUCCUGUUUACAGCAAACCUCAUGUGUACUUUCUGGGAAGCAGAUCCCCUUAGCAGUAAUUCUUUAAACAUGCACUGUAAAAAUAAAUCUGUUCAAUUUUUCAGCUAUGGCUUUUGAGAAAUUUGUGCUCCUCCCCAAAGACCAUGUAAUAGUUCAAAGACUCAAUUCUAUUAGGUAAGCCACUACACAAAAUAGCUUAACAACCUGACAAAAUCCGCAAGUUCUAAUUUCAUUUCACAACUUCAGCUAUGAAGAAGAGUUAACUGCACUCUUUCAAGAUAGAAAAAAAAAUAUUCCCUUAAGAGCCAUUUUCCAGGACUGAAGCUCUUUCCCAAAGAUUUAUUGAUACAAAAGCCAGCCCCAUUGUUUUUAAAUGAACCUGUGUAGACUGCCACUAGCUAUAUGCAGUCCUGGAAGAUAAAAACUCCUCAGAUUGUAGAAAAGUACUUUUAAUCCCCAAUCAAGCCAGACCAAGUAUUCAGAUGUUUCCAUUCCCAUUUAACAUACAUGCAUAAAGUUAACAAGGCAUUACAAUAACCCUUGACACAUGAUGAUUUAAGUUACAAUUCAUCUGGUAUCCAAAUCAAGAAAAAUAAUCACGGUAAGAUUAGCUACCAUCAAGCAGCAGCCUGUUGUCAGGGCAAGCACACAGCAAAUGCAAUUAGUACUGCUCAGUGUGUAUCUUGGUAACAAUGUCUAUCAGACCUGUUCGUUUAUAGUCUGGUGUGCAAUACUUGCCAUACAGUGUUUGGGUUAGUCACAAUACUAAUUAAGUUUGCCCACAGUAAUUUAAAAGCAACCCCAGUGGAUAAAAUUUGUAAGUAGUAGAAUGCAUUCAGUUACUAUAGAGAAGUUAAACAUUGACAGUAUAAUUGCAGAAAUCUUUUCAAGCUAAAAAUAAGCUGACUCAGACAUUAAGUUGAGAAAAGUUAACACAGAAAAAUGUUUAAUAUUAACUACAGAGACAGUGGGUAUAGUACAGAAUGUCUUAAGCAAAAGAUACACCAAUCAGUACUUACAAAGGAAUGAACCAUUUCUUUUCUUAACAUUACAUUUCUCAUAUGCAAGUUCAUAUAUGUAGGUUGGUAUGUUUUAUCAUUCUGGAAAAAAUAAGGUGUGUAUAUCAUCAGCUAGAUGUGCUCACUGUAUGCUCCAUUAUUUUUACGCAAGGCCCGGGUGACUGGAAGUGCAGUUGUCAGGCAUUUUAAUUAACUGGACAGCCAUUUGUUUCUGCACGACAAGGCAUCGUUACACAGGAGCAAUCAGGAGAAAACAGGAAACAGCCAAGCACUCUGCACUGCAACACGCCACCUUAACAGCUAACCAGCAUUACUCAACUGCUACACAACUGCGCCUAGUGCACAAAAAUACAUAAGAGAAGAGAUUAGAAUUGAGUCUGAUAAAACAAUCCUUUCAAAUAUCAACUGUCACCUGAAAAGAUUUCUAUCAAUUUGAAUUUGAAGAUACUAUUUGAAUUCAAAGUAAAAAAAAA